UGAGGAAACCCGCAAAAGUCCACAAAGCCCAUUAUCACACACAAAAAUAAAUAAAUAAAACUCAAGUCUGGACGCGUAAUUGUCCCCGUCGCCGGAGCCAGAGAUCAAGUCGUCUGCUCAAAUUCUUGAGCUCUCUCUCCGUCUCCUUUUCAGGAUAGAAAUUAAAUAAAAUCUGCGAAAACGUGAAAAAAAUAACACAAAACCUAGAGAGUAAUGGCUGAGAAAUUGGCUCCAGAGAAGCGUCACAGCUUCGUCCACGACGGUAAAACUAUAUUUGAGUGGGAUCAAACCCUUGAAGAAGUAAAUAUUUACAUAAAUUUACCACCAAAUGUUCACUCCAAGCAGUUUUACUGCAAGAUUCAGUCCAAACAUGUUGAAGUUGGCAUCAAAGGCAACCCUCCUUAUCUCAACCAUGACCUUACUUGCCCUGUCAAGACCGAUUCUUCCUUCUGGACUUUAGAGGAUGAUAUAAUGCACAUAACACUGCAAAAAAGGGACAAAGGUCAGACGUGGGCUUCACCGAUAUUGGGUGAGGGUCAACUCGAUGCUUAUUCCUCUGAUCUUGAGCAGAAGCGACUUAUGCUUCAGAGAUUUCAGGAAGAGAACCCUGGCUUUGACUUCUCACAGGCUCAGUUCACUGGGAACUGCCCUGAUCCAAGAACUUUUAUGGGUGGUAUCCGCAAUGGUUGACAACACUGCUGUGCCUUUAUUAGCAUGUCAUGAAAUCCUGAUAAUCUUCUGGUAAAUGUUACGAUGUUUUGUGUUUCUCCCUUAAGUCCUGAGACUUAAUUAGCUUACCAGUCUUUGUAGCAAUAUUUGUAAUAAGCAUGUGAAGAUGUGGUAUCACUUUGUUUCUUCUUCUUCACGUUUCUUGAUUGUGCAACUGUAAAUCAAAGUCUUGUGUUUUUUUCUC